CUCUCACUUGUGGAGUAUGUGGGAGGAAACCACAGCCACGGACAGGUCGAAGUGAAGUGUGCGAGGAGAAAGAACAAGACACAAACACACAAACAGAGAGAAAGAACGAGAAUGUGCGUCUCCCCAUCGCUCCAGCCGGGCAGCCCUGUUGGCUGCUCUCCUCGCGGACAGAGAGUGUGUGUGUAUGUGUGUGUGAAAGUGGGUGUGAGCAGCUGAGUGAGUUGGUCGCUGUGCACGUUUAGAGUGGCCGCCACUCCACUCUUCUCCGCUCAUCCAUGCUGGAUUAAAAACCCCUUUUUUUGGACUCAUACACACAGCUGUUUGGGACUCGCACACACUCUCACAGCUGCUGAAAUGAGCGAGGAGGUUAAAGAGAAGGCUACGGGGAAGUCAGCUCAUCGCAAGAAGAAAGGAAAGAAGACGGAUGUUAAUGCCUGUUAUCUGCGAUCAGCUCGGGCCGGGAACCUAGAGAAAGCUUUGGACUACCUGAAGAAUGGAGUCGACAUCAAUAUUUGCAAUCAGAAUGGUCUAAAUGCACUCCAUCUGGCCUCGAAGGAGGGCCAUGUGGAAGUGGUGGCUGAGCUCAUCAAGCACGGUGCCAAUGUGGACGCAGCUACCAAGAAAGGAAACACAGCCCUCCACAUAGCUUCCCUUGCUGGGCAGACAGAUGUGGUGAAGGAACUCGUCACCCACAGUGCCAACGUCAAUGCACAGUCCCAGAAUGGCUUCACUCCGCUGUACAUGGCGGCGCAGGAGAACCACAUGGAUGUGGUGCAGUUCUUAUUGGACAACGGCUCCAGUCAGAGCAUCGCCACCGAGGAUGGUUUCACUCCUCUGGCGGUGGCGUUGCAGCAGGGCCACGACCAGGUGGUUUCCCUCCUGCUGGAAAACGACACCAAGGGGAAGGUUCGCCUGCCAGCGCUUCACAUCGCAGCGCGGAAAGAUGACACCAAGGCCGCUGCGCUCCUCCUCCAAAACGACCACAACGCUGACGUGGAGUCCAAGAUGAUGGUGAAUAGAACAACAGAGAAUGGUUUCACUCCCCUGCACAUUGCUUGCAAGAAAAACAGAGUCAAGGUGAUGGAGCUACUUCUGAAGCAUGGAGCGUCUAUACAGGCAGUCACUGAGUCUGGUCUGACUCCGAUCCAUGUUGCAGCAUUUAUGGGACAUGACAACAUCGUCCACCAGCUAAUCAACCACGGGGCUUCGCCAAACACAAGCAAUGUGAGAGGGGAGACAGCUCUCCACAUGGCAGCGAGGGCAGGACAGUCAAAUGUGGUCCGAUAUCUGAUCCAGAACGGAGCCCGAGUCGAUGCCACGGCCAAGGACGACCAGACUCCGCUGCACAUCUCAAGCCGUCUUGGUAAGCAAGACAUUGUCCACCAGCUGCUGGGAAACGGAGCAUGCCCAGAUGCCACCACCAGCUCCGGAUACACACCUUUACACCUGGCCGCCAGAGAGGGACACAAAGAUGUGGCCGCAGCACUGCUGGACCAGGGAGCGAGUCUGGACAUUAUUACCAAGAAGGGCUUCACUCCUUUGCAUGUGGCUGCGAAGUACGGCAAGAUCGAGGUCGCCAACCUGCUGCUGCAAAAAAAUGCUCCGCCUGAUGCAGCUGGGAAGAGUGGACUAACUCCACUGCAUGUGGCAGCACACUAUGAUAACCAGAAGGUGGCGCUGCUCUUGCUCAACCAGGGAGCUUCACCGCAUGCUGCUGCAAAGAACGGUUACACACCACUCCACAUUGCAGCCAAGAAGAAUCAGAUGGAGAUAACCACCACGUUACUGGAGUACGGUGCCUCCACCAACACAGAAACACGCCAGGGGAUCACUCCUCUGCACCUCGCGGCACAGGAAGGCAACGUGGACAUAGUGACACUGCUGCUGGCUCGAGACGCUCCAAUAAACAAGGGCAAUAAGUCCGGUCUGACUCCGCUCCACCUGGCUGCCCAGGAGGAUAAAGUCAACGUUGCCGAGGUCUUAGUCAACCAGGGAGCUACUAUAGACCCUGAGACCAAGCUGGGAUACACUCCUCUUCAUGUGGCCUGUCACUAUGGCAACGUGAAGAUGGUCAAUUUCCUGCUGAAAAAUCAGGCCAAGGUCAACGCCAAGACCAAGAACGGUUACACGCCUCUCCAUCAGGCUGCACAGCAGGGACACACGCACAUCAUCAACUUGCUGCUACAUCACGGAGCAUCGCCCAACGAACUCACAGCCAAUGGGAACAGUGCUCUGUCCAUUGCCAGGAGGCUCGGCUACAUCUCUGUAGUUGACACACUCAAAGUGGUCACAGAGGAAACUUUGACCACUCAGACUGUGAUAGAGAAGCACAAGAUGAACGUUCCAGAGACCAUGAACGAGGUGCUGGACAUGUCCGAUGACGAAGUCUGUAAAGCCAAUGUCCCCGAAAUGAUCACAGAGGACUAUAUAUCUGAUGUGGAAGAAGAAAUGGAUGUUGGAAAUAUCUGCAUCAGCUAUUCCUGUGACGAUGCAAUGACGGGGGACACAGAUAAGUAUCUGGCCCCCCAGGACCUGCGGGAGCUGGGGGACGACUCGCUCCCUCAGGAGGGCUACAUGGGCUUCAGCGUUGGUGCACGGUCACAGAGCCUGCGUUCCUUCAGUUCUGAUAGGUCCAACACGCUGAACCGGAGCUCGUUCACACGGGACAGCAUGAUGAUAGAGGAGAUGCUGGCACCCAGUAAGGAGAUGCAUCUGGCGGUGGCUAAGGACUUUGACAACGACUCUCUGAGGAGGUACAGCUGGACUGCAGACGCACUGGAUAAUGUCAACCUAGUCUCCUCACCAAUACACUCCGGGUUCCUGGUCAGCUUCAUGGUGGACGCCAGGGGCGGCUCCAUGAGAGGAAGUCGUCACAACGGCAUGCGCAUCAUCAUCCCGCCCAGAAAGUGCACUGCUCCCACCAGGAUCACCUGUCGACUGGCCAAGAGACACAAACUGGCAUCGCCUCCUCCAAUGGUGGAAGGAGAAGGCCUGGCCAGCCGACUGGUUGAGGUCGGUCCAGCAGGAGCUCAGUUCCUCGGGCCUGUGAUAGUGGAGAUCCCUCAUUUUGGCUCGAUGCGGGGCCAGGAGAGAGAGCUGAUCCUCCUGCGCAGCGAGAACGGAGAAUCCUGGAAAGAGCAUAUGUACGACUAUAAAAACGAGGACCUGAAUCAGCUCCUCGGUGGGAUGGAUGAAGAACUGGACAGUCCCGAGGAGCUGGAGAAGAAGAGAAUCUGCCGCAUCAUCACCAAGGACUUCCCACAGUACUUUGCUGUAGUGUCUCGAAUCAGGCAGGAGACCAAUCAGAUGGGACCAGAAGGCGGGACUCUGUGCAGCCGCAGCGUCCCAUUGGUUCAAGCUUCCUUCCCUGAGGGGGCUUUAACCAAGAAGAUCAAAGUUGGACUGCAGGCCCAGCCAGUACCUGACGACACUGUGAAGAAAAUCCUUGGUAACCGAGCAACCUUCAGCCCCAUCGUUACCGUGGAGCCCAGAAGAAGGAAGUUCCACAAGCCCAUCACUAUGACAAUCCCAGUCCCGCCCCUCUCAGGGGAGGGGCUUACCAACGGCUACAAAGGAGACUGUACUCCAUGUCUCCGCCUUCUCUGUAGCAUUACAGGCGGUACAUCCCCAGCACAGUGGGAAGACAUCACUGGCACAACUCCUCUCACCUUCGUCAAUGACUGCGUCUCCUUCACCACCAAUGUUUCUGCCAGGUUCUGGUUAGCAGACUGCCAUCAGAUUCCGGAGACAGUGGGCCUGGCCACGCAGCUGUACAGGGAGCUGAUCUGUGUGCCCUACAUGGCCAAGUUUGUGGUGUUUGCUAAGAUGAACGAUCCGGUAGAGUCCAGACUGAGGUGCUUCUGCAUGACGGACGACAAGGUGGAUAAGACCCUGGAGCAGCAGGAGAACUUCGAGGAGGUGGCCAGGAGCAAAGACAUAGAGGUUCUGGAGGGCAGGCCGAUCUAUGUGGAUUGCUAUGGAAACUUGGCUCCCUUGUCUAAAGCGGGUCAGCAGUUAGUUCUUAACUUCUACGCCUUCAAGGAGAACCGUUUGCCGUUCUGUGUCAAGGUGAGAGAUCCCAGCCAGGAGCCCUGCGGUCGUCUUACGUUCCUUAAAGAGUGUAAGACCGCAAAAGGCCUCCCACAAACAGCUGUGUGCAACCUGAACAUCACACUUCCUGCAGUGAAAAAGGAAAUGGAGUCAGAUGCCGAGGAUGAGACUGAAAAGCCAGAUCGACGUCAUACCUUUGCAUCCCUAGCCUUACGUAAGCGCUACAGCUAUCUGGCCGAGCCUGCACUGAAAACAGCAGUUGAGCGAAGCACAACAUCAAGAACACUGCCUACUGGUUACCCUCACAAACCUGUCUUUCCAACCAGACCUUACCCAUCAUGGCCGACUGCUCCUAUUACCGUCCCUGGCCAAACAAGGCCCGUCGGAGUGGGGUGUUCCCUCACCUCUACCGAUUCACCGGCAGGCUCACCAGCUGCUUCUCCAUUGAAAACUACCUGGCCCCUUUCCUCCCCGUCACCUGCAUGCCCUGCAACUAUCAAAGUCACCCUCGGAGCUCCACCACCAGUACCUACCCUGUCAUCCCCAGUUAAAUCAGUUAGCGACAUAGCGUCCUCAUCCCCCAUCAGGUCUUACAGGACUAUGCCUUCACCCAUCAAAACUGUUGUCCAGCUGGGUCAGUACCCUGUCCAGGGGUCUGCCAGCCUUGUGUCCUCUGGAAGUCCAUGUAAACCUGCCACAGAUCCAGCAUCUAUCAAAAGUCUUGCUUCAGCAUACACAUCAAGGACUUCCCCACUUCACUCAAUACCCAAUGGUUCCAUACCAGAAAGGUCAUCAGCUCAUGUUACUGCUCCAGCAUCGCCAAAGACAUCUUAUAACAUGUACAAUUCUAACCUGCCUUUUAAAACUACCCUUGGGUCCACAGUUAUGACAGAUGCAGGGGCACCUAACCUCUCUUCUGUUAAAAGCAUCUCCAGCCUGUCCUCUUUGAAAACCUCUGUAGAUUCAACGCUCUCAUCCAGAGGAGGGAGGACAUCCCUCUCAUCUCUCUCCUCAACUGGGCAGACAACAAUUGCUUCCUCAGAACUGUCCAUGAUGAAUGGAUCUGUCUCACCUGUUAAAUAUCCAUCCUCCUCCACACCAUCCUCCCCUUCUUCUCGCCAUCUCUCAGAGAGAAGUAGCAGCCUUCAGGAGAGGAUCCAGGCCACCACCCAGGCAGCAACCUCCAGUGUCAGUGCAGCCAUAAAUGAAGCUAUAGACUCUUAUUCUGUGUCAGGCUAUGGCACUCUUAGGUCACUGUCCUCCUCACAUAGAACAACAACAGCAAGCUCUGCUUAUGGUUCUCUGAGAUCUGUAGUUGCCUCCUCCAGCCCGGCAGUUUCAUCCAAUACGGUGACUGUACCUGUGUACUCCUUAGUCAACGUCAUUCCAGACACCCCUGUCAAACCAGGGCCAGGGUCUCUCAAAAUGGCACUGCCUGAUUCACCUCGCGCCCUGUCCUCAUCUUCUUUGUCUUCCUGUGUUACCACAUCAAAAAUAAAUUCCCAACUGAAAUCCCCUCCAUUUAUCACACCGCCCAUCAUCCACCCAACUGCAACUUCCAAUCAGGAGAUACUAAAAGAUGUAGCAGACAUGAAAGAGGAUCUGAUGAGAAUGACAGCUAUCCUUCAGACAGACACACAGACAGCAGCUAAAACUGUCCAAACAUCACAUACUGGCACUCCUAAAGAGACCAAGUUAGAGGAUGAGGAGCCAUUUACUCUAGUGGAGAAAGUGAAAGAAGAUUUAGUGAAAGUCAGUGAGAUACUACAGAAAGAUAUAAUUAGUGAAGGUAAGACUAUUGCAGGUAAGGAGAGAGCCUCAGAGGAUGAGUGGGAGGAAUUUUCUAAGGAUGAGAUUGAGGAGGCACAAAGAAGUGUGCUCUCAGACUAUUACCCUCCUUUCGAUGAAAAAACACUCCUGCUCAAGCACCAGUCCCUGUCAAGCAAAGACUUAGAGUUGGCUAAAGUAGUAGACUUUUUAACCAAUGACAUUGGCGCUAGCUCACUCUCCAAAAUGGCAGAGUUAAAAUCUAGGUACGAGGAGGAGGCAAAAAGAGAAGGGGAAGAAAAACAGAAACGUGUUCUCAAACCAUCUAUGUCAAUACAAGAGCACAAACUUAAAAUGCCUCCCCCAGUCUCAGGCAUGCUCAGGUCUCCAUCAGAGAAGGACCUAAGCAAACUUGCUGAAUCAUAUCAGGGGGCGGACACUAUUUUGGAAUCACCAGAGGACCUGUCUCAUGAGCAGGAUAAGAGUCCCUUGUCUGACAGUGGGUUUGAGACCAGGAGUGAAAAGACACCUUCUGCUCCUCAGAGUGCAGAGAGUACAGGACCUAAGCCUUUAUUCACAGAUUCACCCAUCCCACCCUGCGUAACUGAGACCAGGACUGAAGUGGUCCACAUUAGGAGCUAUGAACAGCCUGAUGAUCCUUGUGAGCCUUUGCUCAUGGAGGAGGCUGCAUCUGCUAUUCCUUCUAUGGAGCCAGAUGCAGCUUCAACAAGCUCCAUCAAAGCCUUACAGAUGAAAAUGCCAGAAGAGGACUCAAUGAUGAACAAAAGUGUGUGUCUUAAAGAGGAAACUCAUAUUACGACCACUACUAGAAUGGUCUAUCACAAGCCCCAACUGACUGAUGGCGCUGAGAUGAUAGAGGAAGGUAUGUCAGUUAGAGAUAUUAUGAAAGCUUUCCAGUCAGGGAGGGACCCAUCUAAAGAACUUGCAGGCCUUUUUGAACACAAAGCUAGCCAGGAUUCUGUCAAAGGCGAUGAGCUGACUCCUAGAUUUCUUGACAGAGACACUAAAUCCAAACCGAAAGUCGAAAGAAUAAUCGAGGUUCAUAUUGAAAAGGGCCACAGCACAGCAGAGCCAACUGAAGUUAUUAUCAGGGAAACCAAGAAACACCCUGAACUUUAUGUCUACAAAGGAGACCAUGGAAUCAAGGAACUUACUGAUUACGAUGAGGCCCAACAGGAAGAAGAGGAGCUUACUGCCGAAGAAUCCCUGCCCUCCUUCCUAGAAACAUCUCGUGUUAACACCCCAGUGUCACAGGAGGAGGACAGUCGCCCAAGUUCUGCCCAGCUAAUAGCAGAUGAUUCAUAUAAAGCCCUAAAAUUAUUAAGCCAGCACUCCAUAGAAUACUGUGAUGAUGAACUAUCAGAAAUCAGAGGCGAGUCAUAUAGGUUUGCAGAGAAAAUGCUCCUCUCAGAGAAGCUUGAUGCGUCAUCAUCUCACUCUGAUACAGAGGAUUCAGCAGUAGUGACUGACCGUCACCUAGUUUCUGAGGAGAGUGGUAGCCGUGGCACUGAGAGCACAAGUCAGCAGCAUGGUAGCCCCAAAAGAGAGUUUGUUUCUAAGUCAUCUAAAGAUGGGUCCUCUAAAUCUGGUAAAUUCUUGCACAGGGAUGAACCAUCUCAGUUUGAUAAAGUGACAGUGCUUCAUUACUCCACAGAACAAGGCAGUCCCAAACAUGCAGUUUGGAUGAGAUUUACAGAGGAUAAACAUGACAGGAGCAGGGAUAAGCUCCUUUAUGAGGAUAGGGUGGACCAAACUGUAAAGGAAGCUGAAGAAAAACUCAGUGAGGUAUCACAGUUCUUCCGUGACAAAACAGAGAAGCUCAAUGAUGAGCUGCAGUCCCCUGAGAAAAAGCCUGUGAGACGAGAGCCAAAAGAACCCAGGUCCUGGCCUAGCUCAGCUUGCAGUAGCCCUGAGAAAACACAGCAGAAACCUAAUGCAGGAGAAGAGGUCUUCAGUAAAAGCAAACUCAGGGAACCUUCUGCUGGUAAAAUAUUUGGCAGUACCACUACAACUGAAAAGAAAAGCUCUAGCUUACCAAGCAGUCCCCAGAAAAGCAUGCUCUCUCAUAAAAGUGAGGAUACAAUUAAACAACAAACUAGUGAGUCUGAACCCUCUUCUCCCACUCAUGUAAAAUCAACAUCCAAAGUCAGUGCUGUAAGGAUGAAGUUUGAAUCUGAGGCUCAGAAACAGAGUCAGUCUACUCCAACCAAAAUUCCUCCUCCAGUGCAGCCAAAACCCUCAAUAAAGAAAUUACAGGAGAGCAAACUUCCUGUUUAUCAGUUUUUCGCAGGAGGAAAAACAUCAAAAGUAUCUGAAACAUCAGAAGAAGGAAGCCAGAAAAAGGAUGUUGAGAAGGAUAUAUGUGCUGCCAUGGACAGCAGUAAACCGGCUUUGAUAUCAACAUCUAAAGCCCCAAAACAUACAGGAGAAAAGUUGCCAAACAAAAACAUCCCAGAGGCCUCUUUGCAAAAACAUAAAAUUAGUGAAACUGAGACUCACAAAGCAACUACUAAAGGGAGAGAUAUCCAUUCCAGUGUUACUCAGGAAAUUAAAGAAAGCAAUAAAGGUCAAAAAGUCCAGAAACCUGUUGUUCAUGAUACUACUAGGCAACUAGAGAAAGAUAUUGAUGCUAAAAAGUAUCAACAAGUCACAAAAAGUGAAUCUGCUUCCAGAGAUGUAAUAGCGGAGGUAUCAAGAAAAGACAAAGAAGAACCACUAAACAAAAACCUCAGAAAAAAGACAGAAUCCCAAAUACCUGUAAGAUUAGCUUCUACUUUAGAUGAUGACCUAACAAAGAAACAGACAAUAACUAAACCUUCACAGAUACCUACAUUAUCUAAGAGCAAAAUACAGACCAGUCUUGAGACAACCCCAGUGAAAACAGAUGAAAAUCUGACAUUUGAAAUUCUAGAUAAUGCACCCAAAGAUUCCAAUUCCAAUAAUCUUCCCAGCCAUAGAGAAACACUGGAGAAAGUAAUAACCCCUCCGGCUGCAAUAACAACCAAAGAGAAUUUCAAGGGCAUCAAAACAUUACCUGUUUAUGUCAGUGUCCAGGUGGGAAGGCAAGCAGAGAGAGAGGCCAAAGGGACUCUGUACACAGUCAAACAGAAAUCAAAUUCAGCAGUCAGCCCCAUAAGCCCUGAUGAUGACACACUAGAACAGGUCUCUUUCAUAGAUAGCUCAGGGAAAAGCCCCCUUACACCAGAGACCCCCAGCUCUGAGGAGGUCAGCUAUGACCUUACGUCCAGGACCCCUGAUUGCUUUAUGGGAUUCAUGCCAGGGAAACCCAGCCCCAUCAUGGAGGUAUCUGAAGAAUCAGAGGAAGAUGACCAAGGCAAAGUUGUUUUCUCUUUUAGGGAGGCCCUACCAGAAAGCAAAACUAGUCUUCAUGCCACCCAAGCAGACCUAGCUAAUGCUAAUAAGGAAGAAACAAAAAUGAAUGAUAACCAGCAGGAACUGAGUAAUAAUUUCAACCACCAAGAAACCACAGUCAAUGUCAGGCAUGAUGAAAUGACAGGGCAGGAGCAGCAAGAAGUCUCAAAAGACAAAGGUAUUGCAUAUAUUGAGUUUCCUCCCCCUCCUCCUCUGGACUCAUCAGAAACGUCAGACCCAGAUAGGAAAGGUUCCUGUGCCUCUUCAGAAACUGAAACAGAAAUGAUGGAGGUGAACUUACAGGAAGAACAUGACAAGCAUCUGCUGACCGAGCCAAUUAUACGUAUCCAACCCCCUACUCCAGUUCUCCCUGGGGCCGAUGACAGUCAGUCAAAUGAUGAAGAGGCAGAAGAUGAUGAAUCAAUCUUCCAACCAAUUCCAUGUAAGAAAUUCACUUUCAAAGUUCCAGAGGAAGAAGAUGAGGAGAAGAAGAAGAAGAAGGAGAAGGAAAAGGCAUCUAAAUCUAAAAAACAUGACAAAAAUGGAAACAACAAAGAACCUCCUGAUGGGACCAAUGGGACCAAUGGCUCCAAUGGUUCCAAUGGUUCUAAAGGUUCUAAUGGCAAAGGAGAGGAGUAUGAAUAUGAACAAAAUGGAAAUGACCAGUCAAUAACAGACUGCUCAAUAGCCACAACGGCUGAAUUUUCUCAUGACACAGAUGCAACAGAGAUAGACUCAUUAGAUGGAUAUGAACUUCAGGAUGAGGAUGAUGGCCUGUGCGAGCAGGCAGAUUUACGGCUGUUUGGUCUUCCAGACAGUCGGAGAGACGUUUGGGCAACAGACACAUUUAGGUCCACUGAUCGCUCUUUUCCCCCAACUAAACUGGAAGUAAUUGAAGAGGAGAAAACCCCAGAGGAAUGUCAAAAGGACACUUUCAAAAAAGAUACCCCCUCAAACGGUGAAAAACCUGAUGGCGUUAGUAUGGAUGGGGUUAAAAGUCAAGAACAAAAACAGCCAGAUAAAGAGGGAUUUUCAGACACUUACUUUAGUUACAAAUUAGAAGAGGAGUUUAACUCUCCUUUUAAGACUGUUGCCACUAAAGGGCUGGACUUUGACCCCUGGCCCAGUAAAGGUGGCGAAGAAGAAGUCGUUGACAUGGGAGGGACACGGGGAAGCAAUGGUGAGCCUAAACCUUUUGGACUGGCAGCGGAAGACCAGUCUCAGGCCACAACACCAGACACUACCCCAGCCCGAACACCAACGGACGAUAGCACGCCAACGAGCGAGCCAAACCCAUUCCCCUUCCAUGAAGGGAAGAUGUUUGAGAUGACACGCAGUGGUGCGAUUGACAUGAGCAAGAGGGACAUGGUGGAGGAGAGGCUCCAGUUUUUUCAGAUUGGCCCCCAGAGUCCCUGUGAGAGAACAGACCUCCGCAUGGCAAUAGUAGCCGACCACCUCGGACUCAGCUGGACUGAGCUGGCCAGGGAGCUGGAUUUCUCUGUGGACGAGAUCAACUUCAUCAGAGUGGAGAACCCCAAUUCCUUGACAGCACAGAGCUUCAUGCUCCUAAAGAAAUGGGUGCACAGGGACGGUAAAAAUGCCACAACGGAUGCUUUAACUGCGGUGCUGACUAAGAUCAAUCGGUUGGAUAUUGUGACUUUGCUGGAAGGGCCCAUAUUUGACUACGGUAACAUUUCAGGCACACGCUGCUUUGCCGAUGAUAACGCAGUAUUCCCGGAUCAGUCCGAUGGAUACGACAAUAUAGAUCUGGAGCUGCAAACCCCUACAGACCUGAACUACGAGCCCCCCACCCCGCUGCGCUCAGACAACUUCUUUAGCGAGGGCGAGAUUAGCUCAGACCCCCCUAGCAAGACCACGCUUACUAGACCUAGCGACCUCUCUCUCACUCAGACCACCAGUACCUCCAGCAGCGACCCCCUCACAGUGGCCCCGGCAGCUGACUCCAAUGCCCCAGAACCCCCCAUUGUUGGGGCUGAAGAUACAACCUUGACCGCUGAUGUAUCUGCACAAGAAAAGACAGGGCUUGUUUCUUGUGAAAGGCCAGGUAAUGAUAGAAUGGCAGUAGAGAAAUCAGGAAAGGGAACAGACGGGCAUGCUGAGGCCUUUGAGAAAGAACUGAAGGCAGGGCAAGGCAUCAUUUUGGAGCGUCAGGGAGGAAACCAAAAAGAGGAUGCUGGCUCAGACCCUGGCCAUGGAAAUGGAAGGCAGGAAGAAGAGGAAGAAGAGGAGAUGACCCAGGAGAGGCUGCAGAGUCUGUUGGAGGAUAUACACCUGGAGGGAGGCUUGGAGGACGUGGAGAUUACAGAGGAGGGGGUGAGAGCAAUCCUCGAACAAGUACGGCAAGCAGAAAAAGACAUGUGUUCAGUUCCAGGCUGGAGAAGUGAGACGUCCAGCGCCACCGUAGAGUCGGCAGCCCCUGGCCACACUCCCAGUACUGAGGAGGGCAGCCCAGACAGUCUGGCUGAUUCAUUGGAGCAGCCCCCGGCUCAGACCAGCAGACAGAAUGGAGGUCACAGUGACUCAGCCAGGGAAGGAAAGGAAAAGGAGGCCAAGAGGAAGGGAUCUCAGGAGGACAGCAGCACAGCGGGACCAAGCAGAGGACGGGAGGAGGGAGGUGAAAGGUCCCAGCACAAAGUCCAGGGGAGUGUUAGAGCCGACGAGUCCGGCUCUGAUGAGGAGACCACUGUCACCACCAGGGUGUACCGCAGACGAGUCAUACUCAAGGUGUGUGAGGCCUGGUGUGUGGACAGCUCGAGGCAGAGUGAACUUGCAUUAAAUCUGUGAUCUGUGCAAAAAUGUGAAGAGUCAAAGAGAAAGAAAGAUUGUGAAUUUGACAGCAUUUGUAUGUUUUACAGAGUGCAAGUAGGAGAGUAUGUUUCUGUUAACAUGGGAGUGUGUUUGUGUGCAUCUUUAGUGUUUAUAAGUAAGAUAAUGGGAUAGAAAGAGAACGUAUCAUAGCUUGGGUUUCCGUCCCAACUGUUUUUAUGCAAGUUUUCAAUUUGCACAUAAAAAAAACAAAAUAGCUUGCUUUGGUUAGGUGGAAGAGUUUGCAUGUGGAUAUAAAAUGCAAUGGGCAGUCCCUCUAGGAAGUUGUGAUCACAACAUUUAAUGCCAAUUCAGCCAAUCCCUAUGAACGUCACUUAAGUACUAACAAUUUUAAGUUUCGAAGUUGCCUUAGAUUUUUUUUAAAUAGCAACUUUUUUUCCAAUUUCCUUUCUCUCGCAAUUGAAUUGCAAAAAAAUGCCUUAAAACAUUUGAACAUGUAUUGCAAAUUUUGAAGAAGCUGCUGUGAAAUCAGGCAUUUUAGGCUAAACAAAUAAAAAUAAAUGCCACAUUUCAGUGAAUUUUUUCAUCAUUUGAGGUUUGACUGGCGCUCUUUUGAAUGCUUCAUCUUGUGCGACCUCUUCAUUUAUUAAUUCACCAAACUCCUAAUAUUCACAUAACGCUAGUAGAUGGAAGUGCACAUUUUCUGGAAAUUUGGUCAAAUAUGGUGCUACAGUUGGACGGAAACUAUAUGCUAUAGCAUGAAGUGCUACUCACAGCUUGUUGGUGUGAGCCACUACACCACCAGCCGUGCUGUUUGGUGUCUGGCAUUGCUACCUGGUUGGUGGACUGUUGGUUGUGCUGUGUGUUUGGCUCAUAUACAGAGUAUCAUACUGUUUGUAAGCGUAAUUCUGAGGCUAGAUUUCCACAGGAGCAACAAUCGGAUAAGUAUGUUGCAGAUGGCCCAAUGGUGGUAGUUAAUGUCACAGUCAAUGUGUCUAACGAGAAUAUCCUAGAGCGAGAAACUGAACCUCUUACAUAUAUUCUUACUCUUAAUUCAAACUGGAUAAGAGCAUCUACUAGAUGCUUAAAUUGUAAUAUACAAAACAAAUAAUUUUUUUUAUUAUCAAUUAAUCAAUUAAUCAUUGAAUCCCUUGGUCUUUAAAAUUUCAGGAAGUGUAAACAGUCCAAAAAAUAUUCAGUUUAUAACUGUACAACUAAUGAAACCAGGACUUAUUCAUAGUUAAGAAGCUGGAACCAGAGAAUGUGGGUAUUUUUCUCUCCAUUAACCAAUUAUCAAAAUGGUUCCUGAUGGUCGCAGCUCUAAAAUACAGAUGAUCUGUCUCUGUGUAAAUGGAGCCUCAGUUUUGAGCUGUAUAUUUGUGUGGUCUGUCAUGUUGAAUUCUCUCUUGUGCAUGGCAACGGUUUGAAGGAAAGGUCAUCAUCGUAGCCGAGUUUGCAGCUGAAAGUUUGAAGCCUUUUUUUUGCUUUGAACAGUGAUCGACAUGAUUUUACAGUAAAUUAAUAAUUAAAAUUGUUUUUCACACGUCUGUAAGGGUCUUUGCUACUGAAGGCGUGUGUUUUGGAGUUUGUGUUCCAAAGCCUGUUUAGUGCACUAGCAUCAGUUGGGUUUCCACAUUUUCCCAGUCUAACCUCACCAAAAACACAAAAUAUCAGUUGUAAAAUUUUAAUUUAGAUGAGUUAAAUAUUUGCCUAAGAAGUCAUGUUUCAUGCAGAAAUCCGUCCUGCAUUAAAAAUCAGUAUUGUUGGACUCGGCCUUUCAUUAAUCCUGGUUUUGCACCCAUCAGAGAAAUUCUUUAAUUUUGUAUUUAACAGCGGGAAACCCAUCGGCUGUGGCAGGCACGUCUGUUUGGACUUUCUAAAUAACCAGAUGAAUAACAGUCUUACAGAUAACCUCUCAAACCUGUUCCCUCCAUCCUCUCCUUCCCCCUCCUUACCCCGCCAUCCAC